AUGAAUACUUUCUUUGGCUUAUUAGAGCGCUCUGGUACGUGGGCUUGGCAGGAGAUUUUCCUAAGUCCCUCACAGGUGGCUAAUGUUGUUGGAAUUUCAGCUGUUUCUAGCCGUUCAAAGAUAAAAUUCGAGGGUGGAUAUACAGUGGAGACAGUGUUUGAUGGAAGCAAGCUUGGGAUUGAACCAUUCUCCGUUGAGGUGUCUCCGAGUGGAGACCUCUUGCUUUUGGAUUCAGAGAAUAGUAACAUUUACAAGAUCUCAACACAACUCUCUAAAUAUUCAGGCAACGCAGAUAACAGGCCCAAGCUUAUCGCUGGGUCACCUGAAGGGUUCUCUGGACAUGUAGAUGGGAGAUUAAGAGAAGCAAGAAUGAAUCAUCCGAAAGGUCUUACGGUGGAUGAAAGAGGGAACAUUUACAUUGCAGAUACUAUGAACAUGGCUAUCAGGAAAAUUAGUGAUGGAGGAGUUACAACCAUUGCUGGAGGCAAGUGGGCUCGAGGAGGCGGUCACAUUGAUGGUCCGAGUGAGGAUGCUAAGUUCUCAAAUGACUUCGAUGUGGUUUACAUUGGAAGUAGUUGUUCUCUCUUGGUUAUAGAUAGAGGCAGCCAAGCAAUACGAGAGAUCUAUCUCCGCGACGAUGAUUGUAACCAUCAACAUGAUGGAUUAGCUGUGCUUGUUGCUGCUGGGUUCUUUGGCUAUAUGCUAGCAUUGCUGCAGCGUCGGGUGCAAGCAUUGUUUUCUUCUACGCGUGAUGUACCCCAGGUUUAA